GCGAGCUGCGGCGGGAGCGCGGCGCUCCCGGGGCACCGCGGGCACCGUACCGCCGCGACGGGGCGGCCGCCCGCCCGCACAUGCCGCGCCGGCUCCCCGCGGUCCCCCCGCGCCGGUAGUGGGAGGCAGGGGGAAGCGCCCCCUCCUCUCCCUCCCCUCCCCGCCCCGAGCGCCCACCGCCGGCCGGGAGCGCCGCUCCCCCGGCCGCCCCGCUGCCCCCAUGAUGACCGCCAAGGCGGUGGACAAGAUCCCGGUGACCCUCGGUGGGUUCGUGCACCAGCUCCCCGAGGGUAUUUACCCCGCGGAUGACAUCUCUGCCGCGCUGCCAACUUCGGUCGCGAUCUUCCCCAAUGCCGACCUGGCAGGGCCGUUUGACCAGAUGAGCGGUGUGGCAGGAGACGGCAUGAUCAACGUGGACAUGGGCGACAAGCGGGCCCUGGACCUGCCCUACGGUGGCGGCUUCGCGCCCAACGCUCCGGCUUCCCGCAACCAGACCUUCACCUACAUGGGCAAAUUCUCCAUCGACCCGCAGUACCCCGGUGCCGGUUGCUACCCCGAGGGCAUCAUCAACAUCGUGAGCGCGGGGAUCCUGCAGGGGGUCAGCACGCCCUCCUCCGCCGCCUCCUCCAACGCCUCCUCCGCCUCCUCCGCCGCCUCCUCGGCCACCGCCGCCUCCGCCACCUCCCCCAACCCGCUGGCCGGGGCCCUCGGCUGCACCAUGGCACAGGGCCAACCAGCCGACCUGGAGCAUCUCUACUCGCCUCCGCCGCCGCCCUACUCGGGCUGCGGUGACCUGUACCCGCAAGAUCCCUCCUCGGCUUUUUUGCCCGCCGCCGGCGGCGGGGCACUGCCUUUUCCCCCGCCGCCCUCCUACCCUUCACCGAAGGCGGCGGCGGCCGACGGCGGGCUCUUCACCAUGAUCCCCGAGUACGGCGGCUUCUUCCCGCCGCCUCAGUGCCAGCGGGAGCUGCACGCCGGCCCCGACCGCAAGCCCUUCCCCUGCCCCCUCGACUCGCUCCGCGUUCCGCCGCCCCUCACGCCGCUUUCCACCAUCCGCAACUUCACGAUGGGGGCGCCCCCGGCGGGCGCCGCGCCCGGCAGCGCUCCCGGCAGCGGCGGGGGCGAGGGUGCGGGCGCCCGGCUGCCCGCCGGCGCCUACAGCCCGCAUCACCUGCCCCUGCGGCCCAUCUUGCGGCCCCGCAAGUACCCCAAUCGGCCCAGCAAGACGCCGGUCCACGAGCGGCCCUACCCGUGCCCCGCCGAGGGCUGCGACCGCCGCUUCUCCCGCUCCGACGAGCUCACCCGGCACAUCCGCAUCCACACGGGCCACAAGCCCUUCCAGUGCCGUAUCUGCAUGCGGAACUUCAGCCGCAGCGACCACCUCACCACCCACAUUCGCACGCACACCGGCGAGAAGCCCUUCGCCUGCGACUUCUGCGGCAGGAAGUUCGCCCGCUCCGACGAGAGGAAGCGGCACACCAAGAUCCACCUGCGCCAGAAGGAACGGAAAGGAGCCGCCGCCGCCGGCGGGUGCCCGCAGCCCGGCGGCGGGAGCGUAGGACUUGGGACAGGAUGUAAAUACUCGGGCUGGGACCGGCGCCCGUGGUCGGCCGGGACCCAGWGCGCCGCAGGUUCCCUGGCCCGACCCAGGGAGGGGGUGUCCCCCGUUCGUCCGCGACCCGCGCCGGGUCCCGGCGGCGCAGGGCUGCGGGGCAGCCCGGCCCGGGUCCGCUGA